GCUCGUUACUCCUUUAAGCUCCUCAACCUUUUUGCUGGCCCUUUCCCUUUCCUGCUGCAGAUGGGCGCAUAAAAAUAGUGAGAAACAGGACAGACAUGCCAAAUUCCGGAAUCGAGAAGCGCCUCUAAACCAAAAUUCAUAAAUAAACCUGAGGUUCGAUGGCUUAUGCUGACACUCUGAAUUGCUGUUCCUCAAUACAAGGCCAUUGGUCGACUACAAAACAAAAGGUUAAUUAAUAGGCUAAGAGGAGGUCUCUGUUCUCGAACCACUUGUAGAGUAAAAAGACAGAAGGACAGUACCGUUGCUUUUCUGGCAUUGGAACGUUGGAGCUCUGCGGAGUCGAGCAAUAAUAAGUAGAAGAAAGAAGAAAGAAGUGAACUUGCGGCCCUUGUUGCCUUAGAGGCGAGAGAAGAGAAGAGAAGAGACGGAAAUAAUGGCGAGGGGGCUCAGACUCAUCUUUGCGGCUUUCCUUCUGCUAAUGCUUCUGGAUUGUUGCUCUGGGAGUUUUGUUGGGGUUUGCUAUGGAAGAAAUGCUGAUGAUCUCCCUACACCUGAUAAGGUGGCUCAGCUGGUUCAACUUCAUAAAAUUAAAUACAUCAGGAUCUAUGAUUCUAACAUACAGGUUCUCAAGGCCUUUGCUAACACUGGAGUUGAACUAAUGGUUGGGGUUUCGAAUUCAGAUUUACUUGCAUUCUCGCAGUUUCAAUCAAACGCAGACACUUGGCUGAAAAACAGUAUCCUUCCAUACUACCCAGCCACUAAGAUCACGUACAUAACUGUUGGAUUGGAAGUCACUGAAGCCCCCAACAAUGCCUCUGCAUUUGUAGUACCUGCCAUGAAAAAUGUCCUCAAUGCACUCAAGAAAGCUGGCCUGCAUAAAAGGAUUAAAGUUUCCAGUACCCAUUCCCUUGGGGUUUUGUCCCGAUCAUUCCCACCUUCUGCUGGGGCCUUUAAUAGCAGCCAUGCAUAUUUCUUGAAGCCAAUGCUGGAAUUUCUUGCUGAGAAUCAGUCGCCUUUUAUGAUUGAUAUAUAUCCUUAUUAUGCUUACAGAGAUUCCCCAAGAAAAGUAUCUUUGGAUUAUGCACUAUUUGAAUCAUCCUCCGAAGUAAUUGAUCCAAACACUGGUUUGCUAUACACAAACAUGUUUGAUGCUCAGGUUGAUGCUAUUUAUUUUGCACUGAUGGCUUUAAAUUUCAGAACAAUUAAGGUGAUGGUCACUGAAACAGGCUGGCCCUCCAAAGGUUCUCCUAAGGAGACUGCUGCUACUCCUGAUAAUGCUCAGACAUAUAAUACCAAUCUGAUAAGGCAUGUCAUCAAUAACACCGGUACUCCUGCGAAGCCUGGAGAGGAGCUAGAUGUCUACAUUUUCUCACUGUUCAAUGAAAACAGAAAACCUGGUUUGGAAUCUGAGAGGAAUUGGGGAUUAUAUUAUCCAGACCAGACAAGUGUGUAUAACCUAGAUUUCACUGGAAAAGGUGCUAUUGAUAUGACAACAGAGGCAAAUGUAACCCGAUCAAAUGGUACAACUUGGUGUAUUGCUUCAAGUAAGGCCUCACAAAUUGACUUGCAGAAUGCCAUAGAUUGGGCUUGUGGUCCUGGCAAUGUGGACUGUACUGCUAUCCAGCCAAGCCAGCCGUGUUUUGAGCCAGAUAAUCUAGUUUCCCAUGCCUCUUAUGCUUUUAAUAGCUAUUACCAGCAAAAUGGAGCUUCUGAUGUUGCUUGCAGUUUUGGCGGGACAGGUGUAAAAGUUGACAAAGAUCCAAGCUAUGACAACUGCAUUUACACAAGAGCUGGAAAUAACAAAACAAUGGCAAGUAACACAACAGCGAUAUCUUCAACUCCAUCAUCUUCAUGGAGAGAAAUAACCUCGUGGGGUUUCAGUUUUCUUCUUGCAACGAUUCUCUUCCUUGAAUUGAGUGGUGGGGGAGCCUGAAAAGCUUGAUAGUUGAAGGGGGCAGCAUGAUUUGCUUUGUUGAGCUGUGUGCUGCUUUGACUUCCAAGUGGGGGGAAGGUAAUGAUUUCAGAAACAUACAUUUUCUCUUGGAUGCUUGAGAAAAUUAUAAACUACUACUUGUUCUCUCUGCUGUUAUGGGAAAAAAGAUUUAACAGCUGUAGAGCAUUCUUGCUGCUAGUUUUUGUAUGCCAAGAGAUUGGUCGAAAGUGGCAAACAUGACUGACAUCUUUGGUAAUUUAAUUUUGUAUGCAAGGCUUUUGCUUUUUUUUUUUUUUUUUAAAAAAAAUAUUAGGGUGCCUCUUCAUGGCUACCAGAAUAUGUAAGCCAACUCCCAUUUUUUCUAGUUGAAACUUUAAUCUUAUGUUUAGAUAGAAAGAGAUGGAGCGAAAAGCAGGAAGGAAGAGAAGAAUAGGAGGUUAAAAAGGAGGUAAAGUUUAUACUGUUUGGAUGGCUUGAAGUAGUGAGAAAGGAAGGGAGUGUAGGAGUAAGAAAAUUAUACAGUUUGGACGGAUAGCAUGAGGUUAUAAGAAGGAAAGGAAGUAGAUGAGGAAAAAAUGUGGGACUCCCACGUUUUUUGCUUCAAAAUUUUCUUUCUAAAAAAAGGGGGAGAUCUUGAAGAGAAAAUAUGCUUUUCAAAAUUGUGUUGAAUGAAAAGGAAGAGAUGUAUGGGUGCAUCCAUAUUUUAGCUGCA